UGAGGAGGGGGGGAGUAUGGGAAAUGGAAAGUGUGCCGGUCAGCGAGGAAUAGAUAGAUUACAUCAGCAGAGCAUAAGGAAAACCUCAGAGAGGAAAAGGGAAAAAAGAGUAAACCAAAAGGCGGCUAGUGGUGGUUUUGGAAUGGAGCUCCUGCCAGCAUUGGCGUCUACUGUCAGUCUCCUGAAGAACAGCGACGCAGUCCGGUGCAUGAAAAGAAAGUUUGACAGGAGAACCAUGUCAUCUCGGGAGGUGUGUUGGCCGGUACCAAUGAGAGCCAUCGGAGCACAGAAUCUCCUCACUAUGCCUGGAGGAGUUACUAUAGCAGGAUACCUCCACAAGAAGGGAGGCAGCCAGUUUAGCCUCUUGAGAUGGCCACUGAGGUACGUCAUCAUCCUCAAGGGUUGUGUGUAUUACUUUAAAAGUAGUACUUCUGCGGCACCACAGGGGGCGUUUUCUCUGAAUGGGUACAACAGAGUGAUGAGAGCAGCAGAGGAGACAACAUCCAACAAUGUUUUCCCAUUUAAGAUCAUCCACGUCAGUAAGAAACACAGGACAUGGCUUUUCUCAGCAGCGAGUGAAGAUGAGAGGAGGAGUUGGAUGCGAUCCCUGCGAUGCGAGAUUGAUCGUUAUAAUGACCGAAAAGAGUCCCAUCUUCCAAGCGACUCUGAUUCAGAUGCAGACAGUUUCUAUGGGACGAUUGAGAGGCCCUUGGAUAUUAAAGACCCAAUGAAUAAUGCAGAAAAUGAUUUUUGUGAUGAUGAUGAUGAUGAAGACGAUGAGGACUAUUUAAAGCCAGACAGUGAAUGUUUGCCAACAUGUACAGGUCGACCCACUGGACCUCCACCUGCUUACCCUCCACCCCCUGUUCCCAUGAUGUCCCAGCGCCAUAUAGAGUUCUGUCCAAGCAUCCAUAAAGGCACGCCACCUCCAGUCCCAUCACACAACAGAACCCAAACCAACCGCAAAAGACCCCUUCCCUUGAAACCCCCUCCCAUUCCAAAGGACCUAAACAAAGGUCCGCCUCCUCCUCCCCCCUUCGUUCCCCAUCUGCGCAAGCCCUCCUCUGAUAUCCCGCCGCCCCUUCCUCCCCCCAACACACAGCGACCUAUUAAAAGCACAGCGCAGUCAGUCGCUAGGACUGAGACGAACAGAAAAGACUGGAAGUCUCCAACGGCCAUUGUGCUCCAAUCCCCCACCACCCUGCCCAUCUGUGAGCGGCUAGAGACCAGGAUGGUCCUCGAUGGUUCAGACCACUGCUCUCCGAAUGCCGGGAGCAACCGGUCUAUUAGCAACAACCACCUUGGAGCACCUGUCAGCAACCUUCACAGCAGACCAAGCCUUUCAGCGCCACAUGCUGCAAGUUGUGAAGGCCGAACAUCCAAAUCUCGAAAGUCAUACCCUCAGACACCUUCCAGUCACCCUCCGCUGCCCUUCGACCCCCCUCGAUCGCCUCUUCUUCAAACUGGACUACAAAACAAGAGUAUGGAUAUACCUAAAGCUCCACCAGGAGUCAAGCCUCCACUGCCUGUGACCAAGCCCAGACAGUCAGGCACCCCUCUUCAAAGAGCAGCUCCUGAAGGUCAAAGCUUCCGUUCGCCCGGAGGUGAGAGUAUGGAGUUCAAGAAGAAGCAAGACUUGACCAAAAGUAGAGGCGACAUUUCAGACGGCGAUUACGAUAAUAUGCUUCUGCCAGACUCCGUGUUCAUUGACACGACAGAAACCAGCAUUGUAGAAAAAUUAUUUAAGGAGUGCUCCAACUUUCCACAAGAUGGACUUUAUGGAAUCAGAAACUCAGGAACCAAAACCUCAAAGGUGCUGGUGGUAUGGGAUGUCGGCAUCGGAAAAGCCAGAAACUAUCGUUUGUUUGAGGAGGGUGACCGGGUGUUUCUGGACACUGAUAAAACCUUUUCCAGUCUGUCAUCUAUGGUGGAACACUACUACAGCCAUCCUCUCCCUCACCAUGGCUCCCUUUGCCUGCAGAUACCUUACUCAUAAACACUAGUGGUGGGGCAAUACUGCAAAUGCUGGUAUCGAUCAGUACCAAGUAAAUACAGGGCCCGUAUCGCCAAUGACUUGAAAACUUUUCGAGAUGAUUUUGUGAUGUUGCCGUUUAUUUGUUGAUCAUAAUUAUAAUCAGACUAAAACAUGGGCCAAAUUUUAGGCAAAAAAAAUGUUUCAUCAACAUACACAUUUGUAAACAAUUUAACAAUAUAUAAAUACAACAAUGCAAAAAAUAUCAACAAAACAAUACAAUUAAAAUGAUUCCUUUUUAUUAGAUGCAAUGGGCAAAAUAAAGUCACUACUACUUUUGGCUUUUACUCAAAUUCUUUGGCUUUUUGCCCCCAAAGCCUUUAUGUGUCCAACAACAAAUAUAACAAUAACAACAAUGUAACAAUAUGAACACCACAACAAAAAAACACAGAUAUUUGUGAAAAUAAACAUAGAAGAGAACUGAAAAAUAUCGAUGUCAUCAUGCUACUACGAGUAUUGAUGCGACUUGGUAUCAAUGCUACUGAUAUUUGGAUCGCCCCGCCCCCUCCCAAAAAAACACAGUGUACCUUAUCAGUGAACGAUUUGCUAUCACAACCUCCCACGUUGUGAUAUUAUGAGCAUUUAACUAACCGAAAAUAAUGAAAUGUGGGUAAAAACCUGUUUUCCAUUCACACUUGACUCGUAAAAAAAACUACUGUUAAAAAAGCAACCCAACUCCAAAGGGCCACACUCAUGAAUAUGGCAGGUAUGUUUUAGUGCUUCUAUUGAAGCAUCCUCUCUGCAUUUACCACAACAGUGUCUGUGUGGAUGACUGCAAAUGUUAUUUAAAGGAAAACUGCACUUUUCGGGGGGAAUUUUGCCCAUCAUUCACACUCCUUAUGUGAGAGAUGAACACAUAUGUCUCUCUUUUCUGUGUGUUCUAAAGAUAUAAAAAAAAAAGAUGCAGCAAAAGAAUGCACUUAUUUCGCCUAUAAAGCCUUUUGAAAAAAAACCUCCAAAAAGCGUCAACAAUGCUCCAUUUACAUAUAAUGCAUGUGCCGUGCAUAUUGACAUUGUUAUUAUUAUUAUUAACAUUGUAACAUUGGCGAUGGAGCUAUGUUACUGGUGUAUUGACACCUUGACACCACACCGCCUGCUAGUGACUAGCUUUACCACGCACUCGCUCGCAGCGCGUCAACGCAGCGCUCACAAAGCCUCAGACCACUACCAAAAGGUAAAGUUACAUAUUGGAGCUGCUGCUACCGCUGCUGGGUUUUUGUUUUUGAGUUUGGAAAAGUUAACGCUAAGGAUAGGUGUUGUUUCUAUGUUGCUAUGUGAAAUCAUUGGGCCCAGGAAGGAAGUUCCUUUAAUGUUUAAAAGGACCAAAAUACUGUAAACAUUCCAUUUGAUCAUGAAUGUACGUGUUAGUACAUGGUCACAGCAUGUAUAUGAAAACAUAAAACCUUGUUGGAGGUGUUUUAACAGCAGUCUUUGUAGGCGGCAUUGGUGUGUCCCAUUACGUGCAGUGAAGAGCUGUCUGCAUUUAUCUGUUUUUAUAUCUUUAGAAAGCACAGAAAAGAGAAGGACGUGUGUUCAUGUCUCACACAAGGAUUAUGGAUGGAAAAUUCCAAAAGAAAGUGCAUUUCCUUUAAGAAUCUAACAAUGAGCUAAAAUGUUUAUGGGUUGUUGUUUUUUUUUACUUUAUUAGAUGUUUUUGUUUUUAAUGCUGGUCAUCACUCUACAUUUAUAUUGUAUGUACUGUAUAUGCUGUAUGUAAAAAAGUUAUGCAAAUACAUAUACUGUUUUCUAAUAUACAGUAAGUUCGGACUGUAUAACGUGUUGCUUUCUGUUGUGUGUGUGUGUGUGUGUGCGUGUGUGCUACCAUGAACAGUACAGAAUUGUUAGGAUAGGUUUAUUGUAACCAAGAGAGACAGACACUCUAACAGUAAAGAAAGGUUAUAAAUUAAUUUGUAUUUGACUGAAAGAAAUGAGUAUUUGUUGCCCUACCAAACAGCAAGAAUUCCGGCCCUUACAGAACGGUUUUGUGUGUCCAUUACGCAGGCAAAUUAAUCCUGUCCAUUUUGUAAAGCAUGCCUAACCUUUCACAGAAAGCCUCUCUCAUUCAAACCUCUGUACCACCACAGGCAAGACCAAAGAGCUGUCAAAGAAAAACCUCAACGCCAAGAUUAUAGACCUCCAUUCAUCCAUCCAUUUUCUAUGCCGCUUCUCCUCAUUAGGGUCGCGGGGGUGUUGCUGGAGCCUUCCUCUACAUAUUUGCCAGUUUCCAGUCUCGCUGUAAAUUACAGAUUUGGAUUCACAGCUUUAUGGUAACGCCAUGUUCCUGGCCACCUUCAAAACAUUUUUGCUAUCAAUUGCGAUAUUUCUGUCAGCAAUUUCAAAAAGACAUUUUCAUUUUCCAGUGCCAGAUCAAAUAAUGACCUAAAAUCUCAUAUAUGGAAGCAGAAAAACCCCUCUGUUGUAUAUGUACAGCCUAACCACUGUAAUGAUGUUUCCAGCUGACCUCACCAGAGUCAAUUGCCGCUGUCUCUGGUGCUGAAGCAUUUGACGUAGAAUAGGAAGAAGACUUGAUGAAAUGAUGAUCAUUCGAUGUGGUUUUCUCAUAGAAGUACACAUGUUGAUGAGGCAUAGUAGUAUUUAGACUGAUAUUAUGUAUCGUUCCACAGCUAGUUUGCUUUAUGUCAUCUACACUGGUUACUGUAUCCAUUGUCACCCAUUUGCUUUACUGUCAUUGAAGUAAAAACAUGCUGUGCAACAAAAUUAUUGCAGCAGCUUUGUUAGAUAAAAGUAUAAAAUAUCGUGAAAACAUGUUUUAAAAAAUGCUCGAACGGAGGAAGACGGUGUUAACAAACUACCUUAGGUUGAAAAAUCCUUUAUUAUGGCCCAUUUUUAUUAUGUCUCUGGCCGAAUUCACAAAUAAAUGUUCAAUCAGUGGCUACAACAAUUUCUUUGUCAACUCGGUCAGUGAAGUAACACAAAUGUUUAGUCCGUCGGCAAUAGCUCGUAAGCCAACUGACCCAGGACAGCCAGUUUUCAGGUUAUAGCAAAUACUGUAAUUUGCGGUGUAUAAGUCGCUACUUUUUUCUUAAACUGUGAAUCCUGCGGUUUAUACAGCGGUGCAGCUAAUUUAUGGCUAUACGUUGUAAUUUUGUGACAUCUCUUUUACUUAAGAACUACUACUAAUCGUUUAAAUACUGUGCUGUACUGUACCGUGAUAAAUAAUGUGUUAGCAGUGUCAAAGCGCUGUAAAUGCCUUGGAGGUGGAAUACAAGUGAAAGACAAUUUAUAAUUUACUAUGCCGCUCACGGGUCAUUGAGGAAACGGUAGCUCUUUCUUUGGCAGGGGCCAAUCACAACCUAUAAGUCAACUCCCGACGAGCUUGUCAACCCAUUGGAAAUCACAGGAGGUCAUGAGUCAUUAUAGCAGUAUGAGUCACUGUGUCAUCUUACCAAGAACGCUAAAAUCAUCACACAGCAACUUAACACCCAAAAGCUAGGUAAGAAAUAUACAAGGCAAGUACCAAUACGAGAUUAAAAUGUAAAACAACAGCUAUUUUAACUUCAUCCCAUAAUGCAUUUUGUCCCAGCAAAGCAUUUCAUUGGUUAUUGUUGCCAGGGCGCUGCAAUGCUGCCUCUGUCCACCAAAGGGCGCCAGAGGAGCCCAGAGGGAGGCUGACAUCAUUGCAGCGCCCCGGCAGCAAGUGCCCCCUUAAAAAUCCUUGAUCAAAAGCCUCUGUCAUUCCAUCAGUGUAAUGAUUGUAAAAAUAUAAAAUGCUUAAUUUUAAACAUUUCAUUCACUUUAAAAAAUAGCUGUUUGAUUUUUAAAGCUCUUCACGGAUUAGCCCCACCUUCACUAUAUUAAACUCAGGACUGUCAGAGGCUUUUUCACCAGAGCCUCCCUCAGACGAGACGUGGAGAUUCCACACAGGAAAACAACCUUUGGACAAACUAGUUCUGUCAGUUCAAGGAAGUCAUUUUUGCAAUAGCCUCCCAACAAACAUUAACGAAUGUGCCACAUAUUGCACUUUUAAGAAGCAUCUCAAACAAUUUUGUCAAAGUUCCCAGUCAUGUCCUCAUUUUUGGAAUAAUUGAAUUGUUUUAAAGUUAUUUUUAUAUGUAGUUGUGUGUUUGUGUUUUUAUUUGAAAUUGUAUAUUUUUCUACAAGUCCUUUCUUUUUCCUGCCUCGGGACUGCAGGUGAAAAUUUGCAAAUAUACUAGAAUCUGGCUCAUUUACAGCCUGUACAAAAGUACAGGACAAUGUACUUGUCCCGAAUAAAUAAAUAAAUAAAAUAACAAGAUACUUUCGGUUUAGGUUAUGUCGACAAGCGCUUAGGCCGACAUGACUUAGCCAGCCUGAGGGUAAACAGCUUUGACUGUACAAGGUUAUGUACUUGGGUUUGGUUUGCCACGCAACGUUUAAAUCGCUUUGGUCAUCAGUCCAUGGUGUACCCUGCUUCUCGACCAAAGUCAGCUGGGAUAGGCUCCAGCUUACCUGCCACCCUGAACAGGAUGCAUAUGCAAUGCAUAGCGAUAACGGAUGCUUGAAUUGGUUUCUUUAAGAUUAUGCGUAUUUUGCCGUGUGCUUACACGGGUUCUCUUCCGGUACGCCCCGCCACGGUCAAGGCUGACCUUGUAUUUGUAAAACGAGUAAACAGCAGCCAUCCAUCAAAUAAGACCACUGUCUGGCUUUGCUACUCUUGUCAUUUUAGAUAUAACGCAAUCUGUCUAUGUCAAAGGGCUAAGCAACAGCAUGGAACUGUUUUCUUGAUAUUACUGUACAGUAGAUCCCACAUAUUCAUGUAUUUCUUUUUUGUGCGUUAAACAGUAAAUAGAAAAAAAACGCUGCAGCUAUGAAUCCAGCAGAUGGAGCUGCGUCCCGAGUCAGCUCAGUCAACAUUUUCCAGCACGAAGAUGCUGUGACAAGACGUGAUGUUGUGUAACUGCAUGUUUUGUAAGUACAACACUGUAUACCAGUGAUUCUGGGUGCCACCUAGGGGCCCCGUGUGUUUUGGGGCCCUCCUUUUUGUUGUGCUAAAUUUGAUUAGUAUUUAUUUUUGUGUUACUCUUUGAGCUUUGUAAAUUAAGGAGCUUGAUUAGGUGCAUGAAUGAAGUUUGAAUUAUUUUAAAAUGAUUAUGAUUGAAGGCCAAGUGUUCCCAAAUUUUUGAUGAGCACAUGGUUUUAGCCAUUUGACAAGGCUUAGGCCUGUUAAACUAUAAGUAGGUUAGUCAUAGUUCUUGAAUACAAAUCAAAUCAAGAGUAAGAUAGAAGUGAUUGGAUCCCAACACCCUCUACACUGGAAAUCUUGGGCCCCCAGGUAAAAAAAAAAAAGGUUAAAAACCCCUGCUGUAUACGAUAUGCUUGUAAUUGUUUCUUAAUGUGUAAAACUGAA